AUUUGUGUGAUGAAGGAAACGCGUGUGGUAAAAAUCAUUUCUGCCGGUGAUCUCAGUAUACUCGCACAUCAACAGCAAUGAUCCUGUUUGUUCUGAUCUGCAUGCUCUUCAACAUCUCAGGUGCACAAGACAUUCGUACCGUCAGUGACGUGUCUGUCCAAGAAGGAAAAUCUAUCAUCAUCCCUUGUUGGUAUAAUCAUAUUUAUGCAAAUAAUGUUAAAUAUCUGAGUGUUGGAGAUAACUGGGCUUUAAAUACGCACGUUGAGUUCUCAGAUGGGAGAAACAAACACAAGACAGUCUCCAUAUCAGAUAACAAAACCUCUAAUGUUCUGACUAUUAACAUGAGGGAUAUUCAGCGGAGACAGAGCGGCACGUACUGGUGUGCGAUUGAUGUACCUAAAUCUCCUAGAAAGAGCUUCAACUUAAAGGUCACAGCAGGUAUUUCUGGUCUGUACGUUGAAGAUCAGAUGUUGACUGGUUUUGAAGCCGGUAGUGUUACCAUCUCCUGCCAUUAUCAUUUGCCAAAAAAAUUUGGCAUAAAAUGGUGUAAGCUUGGAGGAAAGUGUGUGGAAGAAGCACGUGGGACUUUGGACGGGGCGUCUGUGGAGAUCAGCAAUGAUCAUGGGGUAGUGAUUGUGAGCAUGAGCGGACUGAAGAUGGAGAACACAGGAUGGUACUGGUGCUCAGUGAAGGAACUACAAAUGCCUGUUCACAUCGCUGUAUCUGCGAGAAUAGAAACCACCACUACACUCGAGACGACCUCGAACCAGCCCGUGUCGACCCGCUCUGUGAAAUCCACAGGAACCUUCACAUCUGCUCAGACUCCACGCUCCAGUGACAGACGUCCAUUAUUAUGUCUGAUCGUGUUGGUGAUUGUGAUUGUGAGCUGUUGUGCAGUGACUGUGAUCAUGUGCAAAAUCAGUCAGUUAUCUCCGAACCAAGAAGAAAAUGCAACAUUGUAACAAAUUAAGUCCGUUUUGGAACAAAGCAAAAAAGUUUUUGUCUACUGGAGGUUUUUGAAAAGAUGUUUGUCAGCUGAUGUUGUUAAACUACAGUACAAAUCCUGAAAUACUGAUGGAAUAAAAAGACUUUACAAUA